AUCCUCCCCCAAUUCUCACUUUAUCAAGAAGCAGAGUUCAUAGAAUUAAGGAGGAGCCAGCCUCAAGUAGUUCUAUCAAGAUUUUUUCCCCAGAAGCUUUGCUGUUGGAGUCGGUUCCUUGCUAGAUUUGCUUGUAGUGAGGCUCGAUUUCAGACACCCAAGCCAGUACCGUACCUGGCCGAUUUGCGUUCUCCCGGUUUCCCGACGUCUUGGAUGGAGGCUCUCCGCCGCACGAUCGAGGCUGGAUCCCGAUAACUCCCACUCUCAAGUAGGACGCAUCGCCACGAUACUGCACGAUACAGACAAAAAAACCCCACUUACUCCAGACUACCCGCACUCUAUCUUUAUAUUGCGAACCACAGACUCCUACACGCAGCUGAAAAAAAAAAACAUCACAGCUGGCCACGCAGGAAAUAUAAUUUUCAGGCUGAUUUUCAGGAGAGAAGAAAGCUAGAACCCAGGCUUGAUUGGAAGGCCUGUUGUCAGCGCAUAUCACAAAGAAGGUGGCUUCUCCCCCUCCCCCCACUCGAGCCUGACGGUUCCACUUCGGCGCGACGCGUCGAAUUCCGUCUAACAAAGACGCUAAGUCACGCCCUACGGUACAGCACACCACCGAUUUGCCGCAUGCAAAGAGCCGAAGACAGGGAAGUUGACGACAAGGACGAUCGCGGCGGAGGAAGACCCGGUUUGCUUACCUCGACCUCGACCAUCUUCAACACAACCACACCCGCACAACGUCCUCCGUCGAAACGGAAGCGAGAAGACACCCAUAACGAAGAAGGUGACGAGGGCGAGGACGAGCAAGAGGAAGAAGACCGAGGGGAAAGGGGGUUGCACGAAGAGAUAAUGCCACCGUACAAAAGCAAAGUCAGAGUACUUGAGGAGUAUCAGAUCAUUGGGUUUAUAUCUAGUGGUACAUAUGGUAGAGUCUACAAAGCCAGAAGCAAACUGCCUGGGAAUACUAAAGAAUAUGCCAUCAAAAAGUCAGGAGCUGCUUUUCUCCACAUUUUCUAAUUCGGAUUUGGCAUCCGGUUGGGGGUGAUGGGGUAUCUUUGCUGGAAACCACGCUUACACUUCAUGAUACAGAUUCAAACCGGACAAGGAAGGUGAAGUCAUCCAGUACACUGGGAUAUCACAAUCGGCAUGCCGAGAAAUGGCUGUAAGUGCUUUCUUCUUCCUUUGCGAAUCUUGUGAGCAAUCCCUAAUUUAGCUGAACAGCUCUGUAGCGAGCUAAGCCACGAGAACGUCAUUCAUCUCCAUGAAAUUAUCCUUGAGGACAAAUGCAUAUAUAUGGUGUUUGAGUAUGCCGAGCACGAUUUAUUAGUAAGAUACAAGUCCCCCUCUGUACUACAGCGGAUCCAUCUAACCAGGCGUUAGCAAAUCGUACACUAUCAUUCUCACCCGGAACGACGCCCGAUACCGGAAGCAACCAUUAAGUCUGUCCUCUGGCAACUGCUCAAUGGCGUGUCUUAUCUACACCAGAACUGGGUCCUGCAUCGCGAUCUCAAACCUGCAAACAUCAUGGUCACGGCUACUGGCGAAGUCAAGAUUGGAGAUUUGGGGCUAGCCAGGUUAUUCUGGAAGCCCCUCCAGAGCUUGUAUACGGGCGAUAAGGUGGUAGUAACCAUUUGGUACCGAGCGCCUGAGCUGCUUCUCGGGAGUAAACACUACACAGCAGCAAUUGAUCUCUGGGCUGUUGGGUGUAUUUUUGCCGAGCUCCUGGCCUUGAGACCGAUAUUCAAGGGAGAAGAAGCCAAGAUGGAGAAGAAGAGUACCGUGCCAUUCCAGCGGAACCAGAUGCAAAAGAUUAUCGAAAUUCUCGGGAGCCCUUCCAGUAAGUUUUCCCAGAGGUCUUCACACCCAAAAUGCCCUGGGUUGUCACCAUGAAUAUAGCGAUAUAGUAUCACACCCAGUAACCAGCUAACUCUCUACCAGAGGAACGGUGGCCCGCUGUUACCCAGCAGCCAGAAUAUAACCAACUUCAAACCUUCAAGCAAUACCCAAAUAACCUUGAAGCCUGGUAUCACCAAAUCGGUGCAACUAACGCCCUAGGAUUUCAACUUUUAUCCGGCCUAUUAAAUUACGACCCCACGCAACGACUCACAGCGCAAAGCGCCCUUGAGCAUCCAUAUUUCAGCGAAGGCGCAAAGUUAACUUUGAAGCACGAUCCCACACACCCCCUUUCGGCUUAGCCCGCUUCUUGACACAUUAGCAUCGUUAAACUAACGCUUACAAUAGUGCAUUCGAGGGCCAAAGUUUCGAUUAUCCUCAUCGGAGAGUGAGCCAAGACGAUAACGAUAUCUCCUUACCUGGGACCAAAAGGAGCGGGCUUCCCGAUGAUUCCUUGGGAGGCUCAAGAGCAAAGAGAUUAAAGGAAGGCUAGGAUCAAUUCCAGGAAUCUGUAGGCGUUCUCGUAGAAUUUUUGAACCGACCGAAUUAUUGAACCGAUCGAUUACCCCAGCGAUUCUGUAAUUUAGCAUUUGAUGUAAUCACACCCAUUUCACACAUGUCGGGGAUGUUGGGGCUGACCCCGCCGCGACGACACUUGGGGUGGGGUGGCUUGGCUGUACCGGUGUGGAGGUGCUGGGUUCGGUUGCUUUUUGUCAUGUUUUAUAGGGGGUUUGCCCUAUAAAAUUUCCUGUUUGGGGAUGUCUUGGCAGGUUGGAUUUUCUGUAUUAAUAGUCUGGCUCCUCCCCUUCUUGGUUAGAGAAAGGCGACAACCACCACCCACCACAUCAAUAAAUACUGUUUUCUGUCU